AUGUCGAUCUCUGUCAAGCUCAAACAGUUCCAGAUACCCAAGUGCAAGGGCGAGAAAUUGGCCAAAAUCGAAUUCAGAGGUGUCUCUCAUCUGACCAAAAUCCUUGAGGACAACGGUGGAGAAUUGAUUGUUGUUGAUCAGAGAUUCGACUGGCCCAUCGCCCGAGCCGUUGAAGAAAACGAAUUGUUGGUGAUCGAACUUUAUUCGCGUAAUCGAUUGUUCGCCGAUAGAUUGAUCGGUUCUUAUACUUUGGUUCUGCAAACUGUCGUCCAGGAUGGACGUCUCAGCAUCUCCGACACUCUUUUGGACUCCAACAACAAACCAUUACCUGCAUCGAUACAAUUUGAUGUAUUGUACACGCUUCCGGACGAUUCCUUGGCAUCGUUCACAGGAAGCCAGGCCUUCGACAUGCUCGAAGACGAUCAACAGAUGCUCAUCGACAUUGAACAGAACAUCGCGAACAUCGAGAGAAACCUGACGUCUCACGAAAACUGGGAAACCAGGGAAAAAGUCAAACCUAACAAAAGAGGAUCCGAAAUGACCUCGACUCCAGAAAAAGUGGACAGAAAACGUUCGACGUUGAAGAGCGUCCGGAGUCUGAUCCGGUUCGGGAAACAACGGCCGCCUAAGGACGGCGACGGCGAAGACGAAACGGCAUCGCUUUUGCACGGCGAAUCCGGAAGAACGAGCCGGAAUUCGGAACCGGAUUCGCCUAUUUCGCGGGCCGGAAGUCAAAGUUCGUUGGGAUCGAACGGCGACAGUCAACUUUCCAUGCAGCAGAACGAACGAAAUCGAAAAGUAUCGAGGUUGAAGGCGGAUUUGAAGACGACGGCUGAAUCGGCGCUUAAAGCUCAGGACUUUCAAGUGUGUCUUACCAUAAUCGAGGCGAGACAGUUGGCCGGUCUGAAUAUGGAUCCGGUCGUUUGUAUCCAGGUGGGAGAUCAGAGGAAAUACACCAGCGUCAAAGAGAGCACCAACUGUCCUUAUUACAACGAGUAUUUCGUUUUCGACUUUCACAUGCCACCCAUAAUGCUAUUCGAUAAAAUAAUUCAUCUAUCGGUGUUGCAGUCUCGGAACUUUCUCAGGGGUAACAAAUUACUGGGAAGCUUUAAAUUAGACGUAGCCACUGUCUGGUCACAACCAGAGCAUCAAUUCUACCAUAAAUGGGCUCUUCUUACGGACCCGGACGACAUAGCCGGCGGCCCGAAGGGCUAUUUGAAAUGCGAUAUAAGCGUCAUAGGCAAAGGGGAUACGGUCAAAGUGCCGCCGAAAAGCGAAAAGGAUGAAGACGACAUCGAAGCGAACUUGCUGCUUCCCGAUGGAGUGCCAACCGACCGACAAAGAGCGCGAUUCAUCGUAAAAAUUUACAGAGCUGACGGUCUACCAAAAAUGAACUCGUCGUUAAUGGCGAACGUGAAAAAGGCUUUUACGGGCGAACUAAGCGACUUGGUCGAUCCUUACGUGCAAGUAUCCUUCGCGGGAUUAACCGGUAAAACGAGCGUGAAGAAGAGCAGCUACGCGCCAGUUUGGAACGAGCAGCUCGUCUUCACCGAAAUGUUCCCGCCGCUGUGUCAGAGGAUCAAGAUCCAGCUGCGGGACAACGAUCCGGUCAAACCGACGGUUAUAGGAACGCAUUUCAUCGACCUCAAAACUAUUUCCAAUGAUGGAGAGAAGGGAUUUCUGCCCACGUUCGGUCCUUCAUUUAUUCACCUUUACGGUUCGACGCGAGACUACACACUUAUCGACGAACACUCCAGCCUCAACACUGGACUUGGAGAAGGAGUUUCCUACAGAGCUAGAUUAUUGAUCUCGAUCCGAACGGAAAUAACGGACAGCAUCGAUUUGGCUCCUGCAGCGGUUGAAAUUGAACCGACGGUUCCAGUGAACGAAGCGUCGUACGCGAAAAAUGAGGAAUUCUUCCUGUUCGCUACCAUUUUAGACGCGUCCAUGAUCGACAAAAAACUGGGAGACAAACCGGUUUAUUUCGAAAUAAGCAUCGGGAACGCGGGGAACGCGAUCGACGGACACAACGAGUCUGCACGUGAACACUACGAUUCGGACAGUGACGAAUUGGAAGUGGUAAGUUCUGAUAGCGGUUCCUGGCAAAGCACCACAACCCCAACGAAACCGAUGACACACGACAAACUCUACUACUUUCUACCUUAUUGGGACAACAAACCGUGCAUGCACAUCCGAUCAGUUUGGGCGGAUUAUCGCAAACGAAUGUAUAAUUCGAACAUGAUCGCCAAAAUUACCGAGAAACUGGACGAAGGAUUAUCGGAGGUGAAUACGGCGAUAGAGUCUGACGAUCCGGAUAUAGAGUUUCACCUGAAACAAGUUUUAGAGGAUUUGUCCAUCGGAUGUGCGAAAUACGUAACUUUAUCAAAGGCCGGACAAACUGGACCUGGGACUGGGAAAACGAAACUCGAUAAGGAGCACCUGAAACUUUGUCAAAGAGAAAUCGAGAACAUCGGCACAUCAAGCAGGAAUUUACGAGCUCUGGUCACCAAGAGUUCGUUUAAAGAACGAUAUAAAACAGCGCAGAGUUACUUGCACAAACUCAAAUUUCUCACAGAAGACCCUCAACACGCGCUUCCAGACGUUUUCCUCUGGAUAAUCAGCGGCGGAAAGCGACAGGCAUAUCAAAGGAUUCCCGCUAGGGACAUCAUCUAUUCCAUCGUCGACGAGGAAUGCGGAAAGGAUUGCGGAAAAGUCCAGAACAUGUUCCUCAAAUUACCAGGAAAAAAGGGAACGGGGCCUAGCGGCUGGACGAUCCCCUGUAAACUGCAGAUUUACCUGUGGCUGGGGAUGUUGAAGCACAAGAAGAACUUCAUCAACGGUAUACGGAGGGGCUACGAGAUCACCCAGGAGAUCCGGAACGUCGAUCGACCCCGGGCAUUGCCGCCAUCCAUUAUUCACUAUGUCGACAAACACGUGUUUCAACUCAGGGCUCACAUUUAUCAGGCUCGGUCUCUUAUUGGUAGUGAUGCUUCUGGACUUUCUGAUCCUUUUGCCCGAAUUAUCGCCGGGGAAUUCAGCAAAACCACACAAGUAAUUGACGAGACGUUGAGUCCAACUUGGGAUGAACUGAUGAUCUUCAACGAAAUCCUAAUUUACGGCGAGGCCGAGGAAAUAAAACGAGAUCCGCCGGCAAUAAUAAUCGAAAUCUUCGACCAAGAUAAGGUGGGUAAAUCGGAAUUUAUCGGACGUGCUCUCGCGAAGCCGCACGUCAAGUUGUCGGACGAAACAUACUCGAAACCCAGAUUUCCGCCGUCAUUGGAAUGGUUUGCGAUCAGUCGCGGGACCGAUCACGCGGGCGAACUUUUGGCCGCUUUCGAACUACUCGAAAUCCCGAACGAAGGUGGGGAAUCACUGCCGGGACUACCGCAUCCGAAGGAAAUUCCAAUUUACAAGGACACCGAUCCCAAGGAUGUUACUCCAUUGUUACCGGUUCCGAGAGGUAUCAGACCGACACUGGCUCGGUAUAGAAUCGAAGUUCUGUUCUGGGGUUUGAGAGACCUGAAACGAAUCCAUCUGUUGACGGUUGACAAACCCCGUGUGGAUAUCGAGUGUUCCGGCCACAUCCUUUCCUCUUCAAUCAUCCAAAACUACCGCAAAAAUCCGAAUUUCGUUACUCCCGUGAAGUUUCUCGAUCUGGAUCUUCCCGAACAAGAAUUGUAUCGUCCCCCGUUGACGAUAAGAGCGGUCGAUUGUCGCAGCUUUGGCAGGUACACUCUCGUGGGAACGCAUAUGAUAAAUUCGGUGCAAAAAUACAUUUACCAUCCUUACACGAAGAGAGACAGGGAGGCGGACGAAAGAAAAAGGUCGCUGAAUCAAUUGAAAACGAUGGAUUGUAAUGUGAACGCGAAUCUCCAGAGCAAUGUGACAUUAUUGUGCAACGACAAAGAAAAGAGUCCUCUCCUUCCCAAGGAUAUUUCCGUAUCGAUCGGUUAUGGGACUCACGAAACACCCAAACCGAAACCAGACGUAAACAAGAAAAGAAAGUACAGCAUCGACGACGACGUGGACGACGAAGAGGGAAGCAAGGACUGGUGGACGAAAUACUUCGCGUCCGUUGAACGAAUGAUAGACGAAUCGAAGGAGGCCAAAAGAGUAAAUCACAAUGGUAACUUGUUGAGUUGCGUGGACGACGAUCCUCAAUCCGGAAACAGUUCAGACAAAAGUCCAGGGAACGAGUACAAGAAGAGGUUUGGGUUUAAAACGGCCGCCACCGCAUCCAGAUUCGCGGCGAGGAUCAGUCCGAAGAGUGUCAGGAAGAGAGCCAAAUACAAACCUGUUUUGUGCAACGUGUUUCCGACUGAACUGGAAGCAAAACCGGAAUAUAACGAAUUUAAAGAGUGGUUACACACUUUCGAACUUUACAGAGGAAAAAAGACUGGCGAAGACUUCGAGGAUGAAAGUCGAGUUGUUGGGUACUUUAAGGGGGCAAUAAAAGUAUACAAGUGGCCGCUUCCAAAAGACAUAGAGGACAGAACAAUCAUGGGUUUUGAUCCUCAAUUUGGAUUUUUCCAAGGUUUACCCUCGAACGAUCCUAUCAGAGUUUUGGUUAGAGUUUAUAUUGUCAAAGCCAACGAUUUGCAUCCGAUGGAUCUCAAUGGUAAAGCCGAUCCUUAUAUUGUUCUUCAGCUGGGGUCCAAACGAAUCAGUGAUAAAGACAACUACAUUUCCAAACAACUCAAUCCAAUAUUUGGAAAAUGUUUCGAAAUUGAGGCGACGUUCCCACAGGAUUCGCUAUUGACGGUGCAAAUUUACGAUUGGGAUUUGGUAGGAUCAGACGACAUGGUCGGGGAAACGAAAAUCGACCUCGAAAACAGAUUCUACAGCAGACACCGGGCGACCUGCGGACUUCCAGAAAAAUACGAGGAGCAAGGUUAUAACGCAUGGAGAGACGCAAUGAAACCGACUCAAAUAUUGGCCAAACUUUGCAAAGACGCCAAAGUCGAAGUUCCAAUUUACAGCGAUGGUCAGGUUAAAGUUGGAAAACAAAUUUUCUCCAUCACCUGCGACGAUGUUGACUUUUAUAAAUCACGCGAAGCGGAAGAACACAUGGCUCUUGCAGUCCUUCACAGGUGGCACGAGUUUCCGAAGAUUGGAUGCCAUUUAGUGCCGGAACACGUAGAAACGCGACCCCUUUACAACCCCGAUAAGCCGGGGAUCGAACAGGGUAAACUGGAGAUGUGGGUCGACAUGUUCCCCAUGGAUAUGCCCUUGCCCGGACCACCCUUAGAUAUUUCGCCCCGAAAACCCAAGAGCUACGAAUUACGCGUCAUUAUCUGGAAUACCGACGACGUUGUGCUGGAGGAUGAUGCGUUCUUUACUGGAGAGAAGAUGUCCGAUAUUUAUGUGAAGGGGUGGUUAAAGGGACCAGAAGAUUGCCAGUGUACGGACAUACAUUACAGAUCGUUGACCGGCGAGGGCAACUUUAAUUGGAGAUUUCUGUUUCCAUUUGAUUACAUGGUUGCGGAACAAAAAAUCGUAAUAUCUAGGAAAGAAUCGUUGUUUUCUUGGGACGAAACUGAAUGCAAAAUACCUGCAAGGCUCGAACUGCAAGUCUGGGACGCAGAUCAUUUUUCCGCAGACGAUUUCUUAGGUGCUAUAACGUUGGAUUUGAACAGAUUUCCCAGAGGAGCCAAGUCAUCGAAAUUGUGCACGCUGAACAUGUUAAAGUCUGACGGUUCGGUUCCAAUGGUGAAUAUAUUUAAACAGAAGAGAGUGAAAGGUUGGUGGCCGUUUUUCGUUAAAAAGGACAAUGAGGAAAUGGAACUGACCGGAAAAGUGGAAGCUGAAAUUCACCUAUUAACCAAAGAUGAAGCUGAAAAAAUUCCAGUAGGCUUAGGACGAAAUGAACCUGAUCCACUAGAAAAGCCCAAUCGACCAGAUUCUUCAUUUAUGUGGUUCAUGAACCCAAUCAAAUCGAUAAGAUACAUUUUAUGGCACAACUACAAAUGGACGAUAUUAAAAAUACUAAUCAUUUUAGGCUUGGCAAUAAUAAUACUGCUGUUCUUCUAUUCAAUUCCUGGUUACACCGUGAAAAAGAUGAUUGGUGCUUAAUAUACUACUUUUAAAUACUUA